UAGGACUACAGUAUAUAAGAAUUGAUUAUUGAUAGGUGGUCAUUUUGUGUUCCAAUCGAACCGGGGAGCAGUGUAUUUUUGAUUUCCAAGAAACUGCUGUUUACGAACGGAUUUUAACAUGGCUGAACGACCAAAAGGUUACGGAAUGACUGCAGACCUUUCGAAUAAGAUGGAUUCCAAAUACAACCAAGGCGAUGCUGAUAAAGCUGUAAGGUGGAUGAAUGCCAUUCUUCAGCAAGGAGGCAAAGACCGAAACGUUGGUCAAACAUCUUCGUCUACACAACUACAAGAAGAAUUAAAAAAUGGAGUAAUACUUUGUGAAGUAAUCAAUGUGCUGCAACCAAACAGUGUAAGAAAAAUAAACGAGAGCAAAAUGGCAUUUAAAAUGAUGGAAAACAUAGGAAAUUUUCUUGAUCAGAGUGCUAAUUAUGGCUGCAACAAAACAGAUAUGUUUCAAACGGUUGACCUUUAUGAGGGUCAGAAUAUGGCUCAGGUCGUCAAUGGUAUAUUAGCUUUGGCCUCAAAAGCAGCUUCAAAAGGUGUCACCACUGAUGUUCAAGUUGCAAAAUUAGCAGAGGCAAACAAACGAGAGUUCACCGAAGAGCAAAUAAAGGAAGGUCAGAAUAUCAUUGGUCUACAGAUGGGAACAAACAAAGUGGCGUCGCAGGCGGGCAUGACUGGUUAUGGAAUGACCAGACAGAUUAAUCCGAGAUAACUAAUUUAUAGUCAAACAUCAUUGGCAGUUUUGUGUUGCCUAUAGAAACCUAUAAGCUUACACAUGGUUAAAUAAACAUGAUAGUGUUAAGUCUUCUCAGUGUAAUUUCGCUUCCUUUUUGGUCAUUUCAAAUUAUGGUAGUACCCUAAUAAACCAGUUAGGCCAUCGUAGACAUUGAAAUUCACUGUUUUGAUAAACUGUUCUCCAUGAAAACCAGUUGAAGACACAGGCCUCCAAGAAUGUCUAGUAAAAUUUGACCAAAAAAGAGAUUAUUAUAUAAAACAAAUAUUGUAUAGUUAGGUUUUUACAAAUGGGUUGUACUUGCAUUAGUCUAGAUUAUAAUUAACAUGCAGUUAAAUUAAACUAUGUUCUAUCCUUCUUUAUUUGUAGAUUGGACCAAUAUUUCCAUUCCAUGUCUUUGUCUUGUUUUCUUGUGUUUUUACACUAAAACAUCUAACAUAUAUACUUUCAAUCAAUUUGGAUAUAUAACAUUUUGACCAAUUUACAUUUUCUGUCCUUGUGACCUAUGACUAAUUAAUUUCACCAGUUUCCUGUUAGAAAUAAUAAACUGACCCUUCAGGGUCUCAUCUAGAGACUACCUUCUUUACUGACAUACUUCAGUGAGUCAAAUUCAUUUGGUGCCAAGAAUAGAAAAUCAAACUGCAACUGGGAUCACAUUUUGUUUUAAAUACUGUAUUGUUUUUUCAAAGAUUUAUGAGAAGAUUUAGUUUAUGUAGAGCAUCAUUUAUAGCAUAUUAUGUAAUGAAAACAAAG